GUGAAAUACGUUGCUUAAAUCUAGUUUACUCAAGGUUCCCACACGAGUUGCACACUGACCAUUAUGUUGCACUUCAGUCGCGGCUCUCCAGCUACGGUGGCCUCAGGAGGACACUAGUCAAACCUCACUCCACUCCAGCCAUGUUCCUAUUUGAGCAUGUCACUGUAAAUACAGCAACUUUAGCUUUUCGUUGGCCAUUAUUUCAUGAACUAUGUCAGCUGCCUGAAUUUGACCUGGACUCCACCUUGCUUCUCCUGCUGCUUCUGGCUGAGCGGAUGGUCCACUGCUCUCCUCGGCCCGUCUCCCCCUGCAGCUCCCUCAGGACCAUCUUCAAUUCCAGCGAGAAGCAGCUGGACGCCCUGGUCCACAUGUCCCGGCGGCUGCACGGCCUGACCAAGGAGGAGCUGCUGGAUCUGAUCUCAGAUGAACAUCACCUGGGGUCCCUUCCUGUCAUUCAACACAAUGCUGCUCAUUUCCAGACCAUGAAGAUGAACGAGUCUCUGGCGCAGAUGUUCGCUCAGGCUCACAGUUUCCGGUUGCAUGCUGAUUGGCUGAGAACUGUCCAGGAGAACUACAGUUUACCCACCGAGGCAGCAGAGGGCGCCAGAGUCCUACUAGUGCAGCUGUCCCGCCUCCUGACCGCCGCGCUGCAGCAGCUGAAAGUUGAUCCCCCCGUGACGACAGUCCCAACUUUCCCAAAUGCCUCAACAGCCUUCGACGUCCUCAAGUUCUCCAUCGAAGUCUCUGAGAAACUCAAAGUUUUCUGCCGUUUCUCCAAACGUGUCCUCCGAUACUUCCAGUCACGCUGCCCCAGAUAAAUCCCAGCCUCCUCUGAGACUAGAGUAGAGCCCCUGUGGCUGAUGGAUUGUGGGUAAUCUUGCUGACCUUAGGUCUGGAGAACGGGUCAUAGACGUUUACAUCCGCCGUUGCCUUGAGAGCCACGAGUAUUUUUGUAUUGAUCUGAGUGUUUUUCACAGGUACUAGUAAUGUAGAGAGCUAUUUAUUGUGUUUUUACACCAGUGUUAUUUAGAGGUGCAGGCAUCUCUGUUUAUUUUCUAUUUGAAUAUUUAUAUAAUAAAGUCAGUCAGCUGAGGCUUUUCAAUCUGUGCUAUUUAUGG